AUGGCGGGUGUGGGGCGGAACAUGGUGGCGCCGCUGCUGGUCCUGAACCUCAUCAUGUACAUCAUCGUCAUCGGCUUCGCGAGCUGGAACCUGAACCACUUCAUCAACGGCACCGCCUUCAACCGCCCGGGCAUCGCGGCCAACGGCGCCACCUUCUACUUCCUGGUCUUCGCCAUCCUGGCUGGCGUGGUCGGCGCCGCCUCCAAGCUCGCGGGGGUGCACCACGUCCGGACCUGGCGCGGCGACAGCCUGGCGACGACGGCGGCGUCGGCACUGGUGGCCUGGGCCAUCACCGCGCUGGCCUUCGGGCUGGCCUGCAAGGAGAUCCACAUCGGCGGGUUCCGCGGGUGGCGGCUCCGGGUGCUGGAGGCGUUCGUGAUCAUCCUGAUGUUCACCCAGCUCCUGUACGUGCUGAUGCUGCACACCGGGCUGUUCGGGAACCAGUUCGGCACCGGCGGCGGGUACGGGGCGGAGCAUGGCUACGGCGACCACCACAACAAGGGCAUGGGCGUGGGCACCGGCGCCGCUGCCACCAGGGUCUGA